GUCAUGACUGUCUCAUACCCUAAACCAUCCACCUCAACCCAGGCAGCAUGGACUCUGGACGUUUUUCUGCCCAGACCCUGCCAGGAUGAAGAGAAGGUGGUCCCUAACCUCACGAAGGUCAAACCCUUCCUUGAUGAAGAAGAGGUAGUUCCCAGCACCUCCAUGAAGGACGACUCUGUGACGACCACCCAUGCAGCACGGGCAGCUCCUUCCCAGACCCUGGAAGAAGAGGUGGGGGGAGCUGAGGUCUCUGAGGUGAGUGACAGCUCCCUGAUGCCCACCAAGGCCAGGCAGGACCUCCUGGAGAAGAUUCCCUCCCUACUACCGGGCGAGAGCCUUAUUGAGGAGGACAUCCUCCUUCGCAGCACUCCCUGUGCCACCGUCAUGAGCCCACAUACCCUGAAGUUUAUCCUCCAGGGCAUCAUGUGCCGACUGGAGGCCUCAGAGUCCCCCCAGGCAAGGAGGGCCAAUGACCCCUUCAGGCUGAUGAAGAAUCUCUUUCUGGAGGUCCAGCAUGCCCUGAAGUAUGCUGACAUCUCUGUCCUCUUCGGCCUGGAGGAGAGCAUCCAAUUCAGGGGGAAGGAUACGGUGAAGGCCAUCGUGAAGACUGCGGCUAAAAGGUUGUGUCUGCGUUCGGACUCCAACCGGGCUCAACUGCGUGCCGCACGCUCUGGUGGCGAGGGAGCCAUCGGGUGCAUGGCGGACACCAUCGCACAAGUCAUAGAUGACUAUUCCGAGGACUGGAGUUCCGACGGCCAUUUUGGAGCCAGGAGGAGCCGUGCAAGUGGGAGGUCACGCUCCUUAACCUCCUCAAGGAGUGACGUCACCCUCACCAAGGAGCUCCUGGCCCGGAGGGAAACCCUGGAAGAUGACCUAGAGGAGAUGGCUGAUGACAGCACUGGUUUGGAGAAGACCAGUGUAAGCUCAGCCAUCUCUGAGAGGUCCCAGGUAAUUAGCUACCCUUCUGAGAGCACCGAGGCCAGUAGCAGCGCCCUCUCCACAGACCUCGAGGACAGCACCUCCACACAGAAGAAAGAGGCUAUGAAGGAAGAAGUGAGGAAGUCAGGAGAGAGGAAGCGAGGAAAUAACAAGGACCAGAAGAAGAACAAGGUGGCUCCUCUUGGCAAUGAUAGUAAGUCCUCAUUUCUGUCAGUCAACAUGUGCAUCUGUCUUCAGCACACUAUUGUAAUGUAAGGACGGGAGACUAUGAUGAAGUUAUCAGGGUCUUAUUCAUUAGCCACUAACUGGAAGACAACAGACUAAAACAGGGAGGAACUUCCUUGAACUUGCCAAUAACAAAUGCCUGUGUGCCCUAAUGAAGACAACCCUGAUUUCAUGCCCUGUUCUCUGUCACCUGUUCAGGUACCAUGGCUGCAGAUGAGCCGAAGAAAAAACAGGCUCUCCUCCCGCGGAUCACAGCCGCCCUGGCAAAACUAUUUUGCUUCCCCUGCAAAAAAAGAUGCAAAAAGUAACUGUGCAGAAGACGAGUUUGGGAAACCCGUUUAAUUCAAUAAAAAAAAUUUUUACAGACCCACCUGCAUGCUAUAGAUUCUUAAGGUCAAUUUGCUGUCUACUGUAUCAUUGUUAUGAGUAUGUUCACUGUGCCAGUCAUAUCCCAGUAUAGGAUUUUUCUUUUGUUUGCCUGUUAGUGGGCAAAUUUAGUGGGCGCUCAUGGUGGGUGUCUUUUAGCAGUGGUG